GCAGGGACAAAAUAUCAAUUUGAGAAAUGUCAAAUAUAUAAUAAGCAAAACAUGUACAAAUUCUAGCUCUCCAUUUCAAUCUAACAGUGAGCUUCAAGACAAUGAUGCUAGACCAAGAUCAAGCUCAGGUUUUAGCUACUUGAGUCCGCUUACAAGACUUCUCCAGCAAAGAUCAGUUGGUAGCAGCAAUGUCAAUUGUUUCCCGCUACCAGCAUCUAGGAUAAAUCGGAAUGAUAGUGGUUGCAAGGCUUGCAAUGUUCUCUUGCAAAGAUUUCAGUUUGAAAUUCAAAAUUUAAAGAAUCGAAGUCCUAAUCAUCUUCUUUGUAGGAUCCACGGGUUCCUGAUUACAAGCACACCCGAUAUGUAUCAAAUCACAGAUAUAAUGUUUUUGGUACAUAUUCCGAAUGAAAAGUUGCUAUCAAGAGACCUGCGAUAUCUAACCAGAUUUCACUAUCUUCAAAACAUGAGAAAACAGUUUCAGGAUAAGGAAGAUCAGAUUUGGAAGGAUCAGGUUAUGAACUUCAUUUUUUGGCUUAAACAAAUUCUUACAUCUUAUGGACUGUUUUCGAAUUUGAUUGAACUGGUUUUUGUUUGUGAUAGGACGUUGCCGUGGGAGAACUGCUCUAGGUGGCAAAGAUUUAAUUUUGUCAGGAACUCCGACAACCGUGAAGCAGAACUUGGGAUCAACUUGCGCAUGAUGCACCUUUCUAUGCAAUCUGUUGUAAAACCUUUGAGCCAACUAGAAGAACACUUUUAGGUAAGAUGGGUGAAGAACCCAACAUGGUUAGUGUUAUUGGGGCAAAUUUAUCUGCAGAUUUUGUUGCGAGAACUCUUACUACAGGUCCACUGGAUGUUGCAAAGACCAGAAGGCAAAUAGAGGUUUGUUUUUGGACUAAGUAUAUGGGGUUAAGGUUUUGUAUCACUGUAUCGUAAAACAUUUUCACCAUGUUCUUUGGGGUUAAACUUUCAGUUAAUGAUACAUAUUUGGGUGAUCUAUUACACAAUCAUAAAAAAUA